AUGGGCCGUGAGGAGCAAAUUGAGGAGCGCGAAGUGCUCGACUCUAUUUUCCCGGAAGAAAUCACAGACCUGUCCGAAACCUCAUACCGGAUAUCCGUAACGCUCGACACACCCGAAAAUGAUACCAUCGAAGAAGCAGAGCAACCUAUCCUGCUUCUGCAAAUUUCCUAUCCAGCAGGUUACCCCGACGUUGCCCCAGAACUAGAAAUAUCAGCCCCGCAUAAUGCGCCGAAACACCCCCGACUGGACGUCCAAGAGGACCGGGACCGACUCCUUGAAGCGCUGGCGCCAACUGUCGAAGAGAACAUGGGCAUGGCAAUGGUUUUCACUCUGGUCAGUGCAUUGAAGGAGAGCGCGGAACUUCUCAUGUCGGAACGGGCGAAUGCUGCCCAGGCGCUAAAAGAGAUGGAAGCUGUUAAGGCAGAAGAGGAGGAGAACCGCAAGUUCGCGGGCUCAGCUGUUACGAUCCAAUCAUUCCUCGAAUGGCGCGAGCGGUUUAUGAAGGAGGUGGAGGAGAAAGAGCAGAAAGAACGUGAGGAGAAGGAAGCAGAGGAUAAGAAGGGCAGGAAACCAGCUGCUCGGGACGAGAAGAAGCUCACAGGCAGGCAAUUAUGGGAGGGAGGCUUGGUUGGUAAGGGAGAUUAUGAUGAAGAGGGUGAGGAUGCUCUGCCAGCUGUAGAAAAGAUGAAGAUAUCCUCAUAG